CCUAAAUGAGCCACGAUGCUCAUCUCUACCCAGCUCCCCCGCUAAACGUGUUUCUCCGGCCAAAAAAAAGCAGUUCUUUAUUAAUCAGGCUAUUCGUAACUCGGACCUUAUUCCCAGAGCCAAGGGCAAGAAGAGUCAAAGACGACAAGAAAACACUCGUUUUCUGGACAAUCUUUUGGAACGAGAUGAGUGCUCUAAAGAGGAUGGUGAAGGCCAUGAAACGGCCUCACCCAGCAUCUUCACUGAAGCCUGCACCAAUGGAAACUACAUGGAGUACUGGAGUGAUUUUAUGAAUCGUUCUGGAGAGGAGCAAGAGCGACUUUUGGCACUCCUAGAGGAGGAGGCUCAGAGGACCCACUCUAACAAAAGCCAUAAAGACCAAAGAGAGGUAAAUCCUGCCUUCAGCGCUCAGGAAUGUUUCCAGAGGAUCGAUCGGAGGCUGCGCGUGACACUCAAACGCAGACAGAUCCCCAUAGGAGUGUUGGAGGGUCUAGAGUCCAAUCUGCUGGGAUUCUUCAUGGCACAUCCUCACUCGAUUUACACAACCAGACUCAGCAGCAGUUAUGAGCGACUGUUGCUUCAUGCUAUUUGCCAGUACAUGGAUCUGACCUCUGCAAGCUCUGACUGUAAUGGUGCUCGACAGACUGAAGUGGUCAACAAACAGGAAGAGUUUCUCCCUCCUCAGCCCCUGCUCUCUGCCUACCUGGAGCAGCUGAACUAAGCUGCUACGAAUCGUGGCCUCAACCACCAGUACCACUGCUGUUCAUCCAGCCAGACCAGAACAGGCACCACUGCCCUUCAGCUGGCUAGUAUGAACUAUGCAAAAGGCAUUUUAUCCUAGGACCUCUCCCUUUAAGAGGCUCCACUGACUAGAGUCAUCAAUAUACUGUCUCUUUCGUUUACUUGCAUUUUCUGAUGUUUGGGGGCUCAUUUUAGUGGACGUUGUUGUUGUUAAACUAUCUUUAAAUAUGAUCUGAUUCUUUUUCAAUGUUCCAGACAGAACUUUUUAGAAUAUCCUUCAUGGAAUCUUUGUACACGUAUAGAAACAUAGCUGUAUGUGAACUCGGCCAGAGGAAGAAUAUGAAUUGAUGAUUAUUGUUUUUGGUGUUCUUGACCUUAAAAAUCAUUGGAAGUGAGUUUAGAAAUUCAGGUUCAUCUCCAUCGCCACACAACCCACAUGUAGUCACUGUCGAAAAUGUACAGCUCAGGUUUCUACACAAGAACGACUUCAUCUAAAUCAGAGGUCACCAACCCUGUUCCUGGAGGUCUACCUUCCUGCACAUUUCAGUUGCAACCGUGACCAAACACACCUGUUUGUAAUUAUCAAGUGCCGCUUUAGGAACUAUUAAUUGGUUCAGGUGUGUUUGAUCAGGGUUGGGACUGAAUUGUGCAGGAAGGUAGCUCUCCAGGAACAGGGUUGGUGACCCCUGAUCUAAAUAGUGCUAAUAUUGCAAAUCUUAUGGUAAAUGGUUGUACCUUUGCAAGCUCUUUAUCUUACUGCACAAUAUUGAACUAGUUAUUCUUUAGACUUGAUUCCAUUAAAUCAGCCAAUCCUGCCUGACAGUUAAAGAGAAAUGAGAAGACCUUUUAUAUCCAGCAUUCUAUGCCUUGAAGUCAAACUCAACCUGUGUUUUUAAUCUGCCAUUUGCAGGUGUCGCAUGUUAAAACGCGUUUUAUUUCCAAAUUAGGAUUUGCCAACAUGCACUUACAACUAUGCCUUACCUGUACACACCAUAUUUGUCAUUUUUGUAUGUAUAUAAUAGCCUUUACAUCAAUGUUAUGGUUUACACACAAGGAAAAUAAUGUAAUGUUU